UUAGGGGCUAGGGCUUUCUCAAAAUUCAAUUCAAAACUUCACAAGUCCGACAGAAUUACUCGCUGAAGCCGGUCCCAACCCCCAAAUCCUCGAAUUCAUUCACCGGCGACGGAGGCGGCGGAAGUAUUGUUGACGGUGAUUGUUCUUUUUUGUGGACAAGCGGCAGAGAUCAAUGGCGGAUUUUACGACCUCGACUCACAGAUCAAAGUGGAUAUUCACUCCUCAUGAUCUUAAGGAAAAAUACAAGGAUGCUAAUAAACGAGCGAAGCAAGCACUUGAGAUGUAUGGAGCAACUCGGAUGGAAGUAGAUAUUGACGGAUCAUUCAUUUAUGCCGAACCACAAAAUGACGUAAAAGAUAACGCGGAGAAGCAUUCACGCCCUAAAGCACUCAAGACAGAAGAAGAGCAAAUUCUUCGAGCUUUCUAUGAGUUUAAAAUCCAAGAUGUUUGCGAUGCCUUCAAAUUUCCGCGUAAAAUUCAGGCGACUGCUCUUAUUUACUUUAAGAGGUUCUAUUUGCAAUGGUCUGUGAUGGAACAUCAUCCAAAGAUUAUCAUGUUAACCUGCAUAUAUGCUGCUUGUAAGGCAGAGGAGAACCAUGUAUCGGCAGAGGAGCUUGGGAAAGGGAUUGAACAGGAUCAUCAGGUGAUCCUUAAUAAUGAAAUGCUGGUUCUUCAGAGUCUAGGAUUCGACCUUAUUGUUUAUGCACCAUAUCGGGCUCUUCAAGGCUUUAUCGGUGAUAUGGAGGAGAUCUAUGGCGCGAAAAUGGCAGGGCAGACUGAGAUAAUAAAGAAUUUGCACGAAUCUGCAAAACUGGAGGUUGAUAAAAUUAUGCUUACGGAGGCUCCCCUUCUAUUCCCACCAGGUCAGCUAGCAUUGGCAGCUUUACGCAGGUCUUGUGAGGUGCAUAAAGUCAACGACUUCGAGAGAUAUAUUAAAAGCAUGCUCUCACGGCAGCAUCCAGCUCAUGGACUUUCAGAUCUCCACCUUCCGCUUAAUGCAAUUGAUAUUCUGAUAAACAAGCUCGAGACUCCUACGUCAAAAGACGUAAAGCACAUUGAUAGGAAGCUCAAAUCAUGUUUGGAUCCAAGUUCACACGAGAAGAGUAAGAAACGAAAGCACAGGUCAAAGGAGAGUUCGAAUGACGUGUAGUGAUGUCGAAAGCUUGAGCAAAGUGUUGUUUGAUAAGAGGCUAAGGCGUUCAGUUUGCGGUAUUUUGCAUGAAGAGAGAAAUUAUAUCGAAGUUGAAAUAGUGAUUGGAUGCAACUCAAGAGAAAGAAGAAUUAACCCGAUGUUGCAUUUUUCACAUAUGACACUCGUGUAUUUCUUAUGAACAAAUAUUGUACAUUGUCAUCGCCUAAUUAUAGACUAAAAUAGAAUUUCGAACAU